CGGGCCUCUCCGACCCGGCCGGGUGGGCAAAGGGCACUGGGAGGGAAAUGCAGCAGCAAAGAGCCCGGUUUGUUUUCCUCUUUGCAUCGGUGCCCCUUGGAUUCAGGCAGGAAUGAGUUACAGCCUAACUUCGAUGGGGAAAUUACAGAGGUUUUUAAAACAAACAGUCCCAUCCCCACCUCCUCCUGUUCCCAAACUUUGAAGAGCUUUUUCCUGUCCCUGAAAUGAGGGCACUUGUCUGGGGGUGAGGCACAGAGCAGCACUGGAGCUGGACCUGAACCAGGUUUUCUUCAGGACUUGUCUGAGCAAGGGCAGAGGUAACCAGGACGCGGAGUUUGGCCUCGCCAUGGCCACGGUGGUGCCGGGGAAGCUGAGCCAGCUCCUGCUCAGCGUGAGGCAGCUGCCGGGGCCGCCGUCGCCGGGCACGGUGAGCAGCGCCGAGGUGCCCGCGGUGUUCUGGAAGCCCUACAUCCACCGCGGCUACCGGCCCGUGCGCCAGACCUGGCGCUAUUACUUCUCCACGCUGUUCCGGCAGCACAACGAGGCCGUGAACGUGUGGUCGCACCUGGCGGCCGCGCUGGCGCUGCUGCUGCGCCUGCUGCGCCUGUGGCAGCGCGUGGACUUCGGGCAGGACGCGCACGCCCGGCCCCUGCUCAUCAUCGUGGCCGCCGCCAUCACCUACCUGACCUUCAGCAGCCUGGCGCACCUGCUGCAGGCCAAGUCCGAGUUCUGGCACUACGGCUUCUUCUUCAUGGACUACGUGGGGGUGGCCGUGUACCAGUACGGCAGCGCCCUGGGCCACUUCUACUACGCCAUCGAGCCGGGCUGGCACCGCCGCGUCCGCGGCUUCUUCCUGCCGCUGGCGGCGGCGCUGGCCUGGCUGUCCUGCGCCGGCUCCUGCUACGCCAAGUUCCGCUUCCACCCGCGCUGCCCGCUGCCCGGGCGCCUGUGCCAGGAGCUGCCCUCGGGGCUGGCCUACCUGCUGGACAUCAGCCCCGUGCUGCACCGCCUCGCCACGGCCGCGCGCCCCGAGCCCGCCCUGCUCUACCACAAGUGCCAGGUGCUCUUCUUCCUCCUGGCCGCCUUCUUCUUCUCCCACCCCUACCCCGAGAAGUGGUUCCCGGGCCGGUGCCACUUCGUGGGGCAGAGCCACCAGAUCUUCCACGUGUUCCUGGUGCUGUGCACGCUGGCGCAGAUCGAGGCCGUGGUGCUGGACUACGAGUCCAGGAGGGAGAUCUACUCCUCCCUGCAGCGGGGCCUGGCUCACGACUUCUCCGCCCUGUUCCUGCUCACCGUCGCCUGCUCCGUCCUCACAGCCGCCUACAUGGCCCGCAGGGUGAGGCACAAGCUGGGCCUCAAGGAGGAGUAAAGGGAAAGUGAGCUCAGCCCAAACCCAGCCCCAAGCCCCCAGAUG